AGAGAAUUGACGUGGUAUGGCGAACAGUGGCAGCACGUAACGGAAGAUUUUGUAGCACUGCGCUACGAUUUCCCACCACCCGACCUGCUCGAAAUCCUCGUAGAUCUCUACUUCACGAACCUCAACGCCUUUAUCCCCCUCCUACACCGCCCCACUUUCUACGCCUCCCUCAACUCGAACCUCCACAGACGGGACGAGGCCUUCGGCGGCUUAGUGUUGCUCGUGUGUGCGUGCGGAAGCAGGUUCUCGAAUGAUCUGAGGGUGGUGCUCGAGGGCCAGAAUUCGUGGCAUUCGAGUGGGUGGCAGUGGUUCAGCCAGGUUUAUUUGUUUAGGAAGACGUUGUUGAGCGUGCCAUGUUUGUAUGAUUUGCAAUUGCAUGCGUUGACAGCCAAUUUCCUGUACGGAUGCGCACCCCCACAACCGGGCUGGAUCACUGCGGGCAUUGGGAUCAGGCUCGCGUUGGACGUGGGCGCGCAUAGGAAGAAGGCAUACCAUAAGAGUCCGACGAUCGAAGACGAGCUGUGGAAGCGCGCGUUUUGGUACGUGGUGCUUGUUCUAUUCGAUAGGGGGCUCAGUACGAUACUCGGUCGACCGUGCGCGAUUAGCGAGGAAGACUAUGAUGUCGACCUCCCGGCCGAAUGCGACGACGAAUACUGGACGCACCCGACCAAUCCAGAGUUGGCGUUCAAACAGCCGCCGGGGAAACCGUCGACGGUGUCGUAUUUUGUGGCUGUGAUCAAGUUGAACUGCAUACAGGUUUCGGCGUUGAGGACUGUCUACUCGCUCAACAAGUCAAAGUUCAUGCUCAAGCUUGGGGCUCAAUGGGAGCAGAACGUCGUCGCGGCGUUAGAUUCGGAGUUGAACCAGUGGCUCGAUCAACUUCCUGACCACCUUCGGUGGGAUCCAACGUGCGAACAUCCCCUCUGGUUCCGUCAAGCCGCAAGCAUCUACGCCGCCUUCUGCUCCCUUCAAAUCCUCAUCCACCGCCCCUUCAUCAUCUCCCACAACAAACGUUCCUCAUCCUCUUCCUCGUCCAAUUCUUCCGGCGAACAUCCCGGCCCUUCACCUCUCUCUUUCUCUAGUCUUGCCAUUUGCACCAGCGCCGCCCGAAGCUGCGCGCACGUCCUUGACUUACUGAGGUCCAAAUGGCCAGGGAGCAUCAUCCCGCACUUCCACGUCCCGGCGUUCACGAGUGCGGUGGUGUUGUUGGUCAAUAUCUGGGGUGUGAAGAGGAGCGGGAUGACCAUUGAUUUUUCGAAGGAGAUGGCGGACGUGCAGGCUUGUAUUCGGGUGCUUGAUGAUUCCGAGAAGAGGUGGCAGGUCGCUGGAAGGCUGAAGUGA